AUGGAAGAUGGGUGUGGAGUUGUAGUACUACGCAAAGGGGAAGAAGAAGAAGAAGAAGAAGCUAAAAGGAAGGAAAAGAAGUUUUCUUCAUCUUCAUCUCCCCUCUGCAAAUCAAUCACAAAGAUUCAAUCAAUUCUACAUGUUAAUUUUUCGUCAAAGGGUUCCGAUGGGGGAGGCGGCGUUGGAGUUGGUGCUUGCAGUGGAGGAGGUGGUGGUUGGAUGGUGGUAGACGACGGUGGCAGUGAUGAAGAUAGUCAUGGUUGCAGGGGAGGAGAUGAAACGGCGGUGGUUGCUUACGGUGGUGUGGGUGAAGACGGUGGUGGUGGCGUCAUAAGGUGA